GGAUCACAGUACCUGCCAACGCGCCAGACAUCCAGUUUUGCGGCGUAGCCUUUCAAAUCCAAAUAUUUGCGCAGUUGUCACAUAUCGGUAGUCUACAGUUUGACAUUAUAAAUUGUAAACAAUUACGAGUAGCUUGGAGUCACAAGACGAAAAUCUGCCAAGCACCCCAAAGCGGAGUAGCAACAGGGGUGCCAAUUGGCUCAGAGAACGGCAGCUAAAAUAGCUAUGUAAACACUUUCCCUCUCUCCAUUGCUUUGUAAUUAUAGACAGGAUGGUGGUGAAGACAGUCGUGCUAGAAUACAUUUGACAUUAUCAUACUUGAUCCUAGCCCCAGUGACGCGGUGUAAAUACCAGGCGCACUAUAAAGGCAGGGUCCCCCUCUGGAACAGAAGUUGUUUACCCUGGGGAAAAAGGCACCUGCUCCGGAUUUAACCCCGCUGCCUAGGAGUGACAAUCCGCGCGACUUUACGUAAUAGAGUGGAGGCAACCGAAAGGGAGAGCUGUGGAAGAGGGGAGCAAAACCGCCACCGGGCAGACAGACACACAGUUUGCGAGCUAAAGAGAGGGUCACUGUGAAGACCUUGGCUAGACUAAAAUCUGGAUUAAAUUUCUGCUAUUAUUUAUUAUAAGUAUAUGCCACUGCAAUAUACCGCCAGCGAUUGGCAAUAAAAUAUUCAAGGAAGCUAUUGCACAGCCAGCAUUUCCACACGUUGGUGACCCCAUCAAGACAGAAAGACGCUAGGAAGUUGAAACAGAAAAAGAGAGGAAGUUUGUGACAGGAAGUAAGAAGCUGCUGCAGGAAGUGGCCCAAAAUGGAGGCCAUCGAACUACAGCAGAGUCUGAAGCGGUCUGGAAGGGGCUGGGGAACAGAGAGGGGGGAGCUUCUGGAUAGCUUCGACUCAGAGAUGCAGGAAUGGGAGGACCAGCUGCAGGACAUGCAGAGGAAGAUAGAGGAGCUUUACAACGAGGUGCAGGCUCGUAGAGGUGGAAAUUAUGUCACCAUGGACAACAGCAAAAAUGAUAGGAUGAUUGAUUGCGGCCGUGGGCAUCAUGACAAUGGCUUCUUUGACCCGUAUGGCAGCCACAUCAACGCCACCAAGGACCACCCCAGUGCUGUAGAUGCUUUUAACCACGGCCCCAACGGUUACGGCUACCCUGUCAACCAUCAGAAUGGCGGCUAUGGUUAUCCCCUUAGCAACAGUGCGGUGGAACUUGGAGACUUGUUGCAGGAUUAUCUUGGACAUGGUCACGGAAAGACCCGGAAGACCAACUCCGCUAUCAACAAUGUAACCCUUGUCCCACUUCUCUCUCAGCAUCUGAAGGAGAUCACUAAAGGGAGCCAGGAUCAGUCGGUACACCAGGAUGAGAUGAAGAGUAGGCCUGUUGGGAAUGAAAGGAUUAGUAAGGUGCGGUUUGCGGACGAGGAGGCUGAGAACAGGAAGAACAGGGUGUCACACAGAAAGAGUUCCCCUUGCAGGGACCUUAACAAGGAGAACACAGGGGCCAAUCCCCCCCUCAGACAGCGAGAAGGUCCUCCCAUACCCUCCCGAUCCACCUCCCAGAUGGCCCCUCCCGACACCUUCUCCCCAGCCCUGGACAGGAUGUCCUAUGCCCCUGGGGUCCUUGUGGACAGGAAGUGUAGUAGCCCCUCGGUCCUCAGAAAGUUUGGAGCCAUGCUCCAGGAAAACGAGGGCAAAACCCUCACUGAUACCGGUGUGUUGACCAACCAGGUGCCUACCGAGAACAAGUGCCCCACCGCCAUCUGUCAGCACAAAGGGCUGGGCGGUAGCAGGACGACUGGGCGCGUGCCUGUCCAGAAGUGCCAAGCAGAUUCCGUGCUAACAGCGAGGAUGGAUUGCAGCCAAGAACGAGGGGCAGUGAAAGACUUUAGAAGAGAGAGCCAGCUGGGAGAGGGCAGAGGCACCUCAAUGGCUAGCUAUGCUCACCCUAAAGGACUCCAUGCAGGGGUUCAGAGGAGGACCCAGGUAGGAGGCAGCCCCAAGCCCAAAGCAAGGGCUCUCGGAAGGGCAGACAGAGACAUGGGUCUGGUCCAGGGGGAGAGGGCCAGGAGGCCUGCACCCCAGCCUGGGGAACUCCGAGUGGACUACAGGAACCUGAGUGGAUCCUAUGUUGGGGCUCAGAUGAUCCAGAGGGGAGGGCCAGUUGCAGGUCAGAAGAAGGACAAUGGACUCAUUGAGCUACUCGAUAUGCUGGACAUUGAGCACGAGUACAGCUCCUGCCCCCAAGCCGCACAGACUGCCUACAUACAGGACACACAGCAGAUGAGCCCAGCCGACUCAUUCUCAGCAACCCCCACAAGGAACUUCUCUCGUCCUGCUCGUCCAGCUAAUCAACGUCCUCCAUCCAGGUGGGCUUGCUGUGCCCCCACCGCCUUGAUCUCUGCCCCCUCCGGCCCAAUUUCCCACCCCCCAAGCACCUUGGCACGCACUCCUAGUCCGAUAGCAAGAACCCCAAGCCCCGCCCUGAAGCAGCAAUCUUUCUGCUCCUAUUUGCUCCACACUGAGACUGCCAUCAUGUGAGACACCUGCCCCGCCCCCCUCUAAACCCUGCCUCUCCUCCCCAAAUUCAACCCACAGGACUCAGAUGACAUAGUCCUGCCCUCUCUGUAAAUACUAAAGACUGUUCCUUCUAUCUGGCUUUUUAAAAAAGUGCUUUAAGAAAUUUUCUAUGAGAUUACCCACAUGACUGUGUAUGUGUGGUCUAUAAGAAACAGAAUAGUUGACUCUUGUUCAGUCUCCAGUGUUACUGUGGCCUUCCCUUCUCCUGUGCCUAACUUCUUUACGUCUUUAUUUCUUUCACUCUCUUAACUUCUCUACCUUUCUUUCUUUUGUAUUGGUGAUUUUUGGAUGGCUGUGUAAAAUGUGAUAUAGCAUGCCCCCUUUUACUUGCGGGUGCAUGUCCCUUUAUGUAUGUAACUCAACCCUAAUAAGUGCCAUGUUGGCUUGUUUUUAUAAAUGGCCAACAAGUCAAUACAGAGUUGAUCCUGUCCUGUCAGCACAGAUGCAACAUGCUAACUGUCUAUAGUAUGUUUUACUGUAUCAUAUUGUCAAAGUAACGCAUUUGAAAAUGUUCAAGUAACCAUAGUGAGACAUACAGUUAUGACUGAUGCUUUUCAUGUCCUUUUUUCUCUUGAUAAGAAAUAAACAUGACAGUGCUUUGA